AUGACCAAAUCUCUCUCCUUUGGCCACCAGGAGCCUGCUCCCCCAACCUCGGUUGCCGACGCGGACGCGGACGAGCGAACGCUCCCUGGUCGCCUGUCACAGCGCACAUCACAGGCGACUCUCACGCCCCAGUCUCUGCCGGAUGGCUGCUCGUACGGAUCGAUCCCGUCCAAGGAUGGCGAAGGCGCAGAGAAGCGCGUGAUCUGGGUCGACUUCCCGCCCGCCAGCCCGGAGAACCCGAUCUGUUUCUCCAAGUCGCGCAAGUUUCUCAUCACGGCCGUGGUGCUCCUGUACACUUUCUGGUGUUCAUCAACCGCCUCGGCCUUCUCCAUCUCAGCCGGCACGAUGUGUUCCCACCUCCACUGCCGCAAGUUUGAGGCAGAGGCAGGUAUUGCCCUGUACGCGUGGGGUGCGGGCAUCUUCCCGUUGAUUGUUGCGCCGCUCUCGGAGGAGUUUGGCCGGCACCCAGUGUACAUGUUCGCCCUGAUCAUGCUCUUCGUCUUCCACCUGGCCAACGGCGUCGCAAAGAACAUGGCGACGGUGCUCAUGUCCCGCUUCUUCCUCGGCGCAGCAGGCAGCAUCGGCACGUCAGUGGUCGGCGGGACCAUCUCGGACAUCUUCAUCCCGGCGCACCGCGGCGUGCCGAUGGCCAUCUCGGGCUUCAUCGUCUACUUUGCGACCGGGCUCGGCGGCGCAGUGUUCGGCUAUGUCGACGUGCGCGCGUCCUGGCGCUGGGUGUGGUACGUCCACACGAUCGGCAUCGGUGCCAUGAUCCCCGUCGUGGUCUUCGGGCUCAAGGAGACGCGGACGGACAUUAUCCUGCGCCGGCGCGCGGCCAAGCUCCGCAAGGAGCGCGGACUGGCCGACGGCGGCGUGUACAUGCACGCGUCCGAGGUCGACAAGGUGUCCUUCUGGUCGGCUGUCACGACGAGCUUGUACCGCCCGUUCAUUUUCCUUACGACCGAGCCCAUUGUCAUGUUCUUCAGUCUAUGGGUGGCGUUGGCAAACCAGUGGAGUGUGUUCUACGUCCAGAUCGCCGGCCUGCCAUACAUGAUGCGCAACCUCUGGGGUUUCAACACAGAGCAAGUCGGCCUGAUGUACUUUACGACGUGCAUCGGCGCCGUCUUUGGGCUGUGUGGCGGUCAGAUCCAGGAGCACCUCUACCGCAAGAAGGCGCCUACACGCGGCAUCGAGGCGCGGCUGUACGCUCCUAUGGCCGGAGGCAUCCUGUUCUCCAUCGGCUGCUUCAUCACGGGCUUCACAGCGCUCCCAAAUAUCCACUGGAUCGGAUCGGCGGUGGGACAAGUGGUUGUCAUCACGUCCAUCUUCAUGAUCUACGUGACCGCGUUCACGUACGUCAGCGAGUGCUACGGUGUCUUUGCAUCCUCCGCGAUCGCGGGACAGUCCUCGGCGCGCAACCUCAUCGGCGGCUGUAUCGCUUUCGCGACGAACACGAUGUUUGAGCGCAUGACGCCGCGCUGGGCGAUCGUGAUGAUGGCGUCGUUUGCCGCCGUGCUCGCGCUCGUGCCGUUCGUCGCCUUCUUCUACGGCCCCCAGAUCCGCGCGCGCAGCAAGUACUCCAAGGUCCUGAUGCAGCAGGAGCGCGACGCCAUCGACGCCGAGCGGAUCCAGCGCGAGGCGCGCGGCAUGGACGGGCACGACUUUGAGGAUCUCGAGGGGGACGCGAAUGGGACCACUGAGAGCCAUGUUAAGACUAAGGCUUGA